GACGGAGCUCGGCAGUCACUCUCAGCCUCCCACCGCUCGGUUGCAGAAGACAGAGCCAGCCCCGAGCCAGCCCCGAGCCAGCCCCGAGCCAGCCCCGAGCCAGCCCCGAGCCUGCCCCGGAGCCUGCCCCGAGCCACCCCGGAGCCUGCCCCGAGCCAGCCCGCCAGCCCACCAGCCCGCCAGCCCGGAGCGAGCCUGCCAGCCCCGAGCGAGCCUAGCGCCGGCCAGAUGGAGCACCCGCAGCCCGACAGCAUGUCCCAGGACUUGUCCGAGGCCCUGAAGGAGGCCACCAAGGAGGUGCAUACCCAGGCAGAGAAUGCCGAGUUCAUGAGGAAUUUUCAGAAGGGCCAGGUGACUCGAGAAGGCUUUAAGCUGGUGAUGGCCUCCCUGUACCACGUGUACAAGGCCCUGGAGGAGGAGAUCGAGCGCAACAAGGAGAACCCGGUGUACGCCCCGCUCUACUUCCCGGAGGAGCUGCACCGCGGGCCCGCCCUGGAGCGGGACAUGGCCUUCUGGUACGGGCCCCACUGGCAGGAGGCCGUUCCCUACACCCAGGCCACCGAGCGCUACGUGCGGCGACUCCACGAGGUGGGGCGCUGGGAGCCCGAGCUGCUGGUGGCCCACACCUACACCCGGUACCUGGGGGACCUGUCCGGGGGCCAGGUGCUCAAGAAGAUCGCUCAGAAGGCCCUGGACCUGCCCAGCUCCGGCAAGGGCCUGGCCUUCUUCACCUUCCCCGGCAUCGCCAGCGCCACCAAGUUCAAGCAGCUGUACCGCUCCCGCAUGAAUGCUCUGGAGAUGACCCCCGAGGUCAGGGAGAGGGUCAUUGAAGAGGCCAAGACCUCAUUCCUGCUCAACAUCCAGCUGUUUGAGGAGCUGCAGGAGCUGCUGACCCAGAAAGCCGAGGCCCAGAGCCCCGCGCAGGCGCAGGGGCCCCGCCGGCGGGCCGGCAGCGGGACGCAAGGCCUGACUCCCACGGAGACUCCCAGAGGGAAGCCCCAGCCCAGUGCCCUUUCCCAGGUGCCCCUCCUCCGAUGGGUUCUCACGCUCAGCUUCCUGGUGGCAACGGUUGCCGUGGGCCUUUAUGCCAUGUGAACGCACCCGUGCUGGCUGCCGGGGCCUCGGACUCUGUCCAGCGGAGCGCCCUCUUUCUGGAGAGGGAGAAUCUCUUGACUGGCUUCCUUCCCGUGGGCAGUGGGGGCUCUCAGCUCCCCGCCACCGCCCCCAUCCCCCUCUCUCUGGCAAGGAAGGAGGAGUCUGUGGCACCUUCCUAACCGAAAAGCACAUCCAGCCAAUGACUUGGACUUCCAGACAGGGGCGAGGGGUCCUGCCCGGCCGUCCCUCCGGGCGUCGCCUCCCCUGUUCCUGCAGCAGAGCCCGGGAGAUGCGGCCAGAAGGGGCAAUCGUCCUAGCCCUCCAGACGCCCUGGGCUUGCUGUCUCCUUGCGGACGAGCCGUGACCACUCAGCUCCCCGAGGGUCGUGGCGAUGUUCACGCACACGUGCCAAGAUGAUGUGUCUUGUGUUUGUCUUGUUUUGUCGGAGCCACAUUGUUCCCGGCUCAGCCUGCCCGUGGUGUUCUGUUGUGUUCUGUUGUUUUUAUAGCGGGGUUGGGGGGUUGGAGCGGUGCUGAGGGAGACGUUGAACAGCACCGUGGCCUUGGUCUCUCUAACUUGUGUGUGAAAUAAUAAACUGCAUUGCCUGACAGUAA